AUGAUGAAGAGCGAGGACGCUCCGGCGCCCGCCGCCGACGCGCACGAGCCUCCGCCGCCGCCGCAGCCGCAGCCGCAGCCGCAGCACCACGCGUCCGUGCUGCAGCAGACCAUCAACAUCCAGCAGCACCUGCACCACCUGCACCUGCACCAGCACCACAGCGUCAUCCACCACCACCACCAGCAGCUGCAACAGCAGCAGCAGCAGCAGGCGCACCACCUGCAGCAGCAGCUGCACGUCGAGGCUCUGCAGCAGCAACAACAACAGCAGCAGCAGCAACAACAACAACAACAACAGCAACAGCAGCAACAACAGCAACAGCAGCAACAGCAGCAGCAACAGCCGGCGACGCAGCAGCAGCAGCAGACGCAGGACAAGGAGCAACAGCCGCCGGCGAAGAAGGGAAACCCCGGCGUGCGGCGGCAGGAGAAGCCGCCCUACUCGUACAUCGCGCUGAUCGUAAUGGCCAUCCAGAGCUCGCCCGCCAAACGGCUCACGCUCAGCGAGAUCUACAGCUUCCUGCAGCAGCGCUUCCCCUUCUUCCGCGGCGCCUACCAGGGCUGGAAGAACUCUGUGCGCCACAACCUGUCGCUGAACGAGUGCUUCAUCAAGCUGCCCAAGGGGCUGGGCCGGCAGGGCAAGGGCCACUACUGGACCAUCGACCCCGCGUCCGAGUUCAUGUUCGAGGAGGGCUCGUUCCGGCGGCGGCCGCGCGGCUUCCGGCGCAAGUGCCAGGCGCUGCAGCAGCACCAGCAGCAGCAGCAGGCGUGCUCGGACCGCGAGGUGGCCGCCGCGUGGGCCAUGCAGGGCGGCGUGUUCGCCACGAGCGACGGCAACGCCUACAUGAAGCCGCCGCCGCUCAGCCCGCUGCCCGACCACCAGCCGCUGACGCCGCCCGCGCCGGGGCCCUCGCCGCACGACCCCUACGCUUCUUACCAGUACGCGCUGCAGGCCGCCGAGCACGGACAAGGCUUCGUACAGAGGCUGCGAGGCGGCCUCCACUUCCGCUUCCGCAGAGCGAGCGCCCGCGACCGCGGCCGCAGCCGGCGUAAACUGUUUACCUGCGCCGUUUGUUUGACUCACUUGCGGCGGUUGAUGCUGAUAACAGUCAAGGCUGUAAACUACGACCUUCGCGUCCAAGACUGGGAAUCUCCGGAGAAACUGGCGACGGCUGUGCAGCUAGCAGCCGAGUGCACAGUGCAGCGUAUCCACGCUCGGCCGCGUCCGCGGGCCUUUUUGCAGCGGCCGUCUGCGCUGCGCUGGCAGCAAUGCUGUGAGCUGGAGAGCCGGGCCGGCAGAGAUUUGUGGCCGCCGCCGUCUGCUGCCCGGCCCCGCUCGCCUCUAAGUGACGGUCGGUCGCCUGAGAGCCUCUCAAGUGGCCUCUGGCUGCUGGCUGCUGCAGCCCCAGCUCUACGGCCCGACGCGCCGCCAGACACUGGCUCCAGGGCCACGGCCAAAGACUCUCGCACUUUGGUGCAAAUUACACUUGCACAGGUUGCCUAG